UCCAUUUGUUUCCAUCUUUUCCCCUCCCGUUCCUUCUCUGUUUCUCUGCUUCUUCUGUUGUGCCGUGUUGGACUGUUGUUGGGUGUUGACGUUGUCGGCAGCUUCUCGACCGUUCAUCAUUUUCACCAGCCCGUCAGAUCGCCGAGCGUGCCAGGUUGUUGUUGUUGUGUGUGCCAUCGCGGAGCAAGCAAGCAAACAAAAAAGGUGAGCCGAGAAAAGAAACGAAGCACCGGUUUUCUUGCUGUCUUUCGUAAGUCAUGGCAGUCUGGCAAAAGCUGAUGCUGGAUUACAGCAAUCACACACAAGAACCAGACACACACAAAACCGCAGCAGCAGCAACAUCACACGGGGUUGCCCCUUCUUGAGCUUCCUCUCCUGUCUGUGCUUCUUUCUUUCUUGGGGGUCGGUCGCUUUAUUUCUUAUUCAUCCCUUGUUCCGCACCACGCUCCAAGAAACAGCUGUCCACUUGACGCGAGCCUUUGCUGCGGUGAACGAACGAACGAACGAAGAAACGAGUACCUAAGUCCUGAACACUCUCUCGGCAACUUGGAAACCUCCCAACUCCCUCCCUCCCCCCCCCUCUCUCUCUCUCUCGUCGAAACUACUUUGGCGCCCCUUCCCCGGGAUCUCACCAAGAGCACCCGCUUCAAAGCCGUCUUCGGUAUUUGAAUCAAGCCCAUCCAUCCAUCCAUCCAUCCAACACCAAGCACUUAACAACUUACACAACCAACCAACAACCAACCAACCAACCAACCAACCCACCAACAACAGCACUCAUCGACAACUCUUUGAACGUACAACACACAACACACACAAGACCACAACACCAACAAGGCACACACGCGCCUCUCUCCGCUUCCCUUGCGCUUGUGUGAUCCAUCCACCCAUCCAUCCAUCCAUCUGCUUGCUUCCCCCCCCCCCCUUUUUUUCUUGUCUUCUCCUCCUCUUCCGUUCCACUUGUGUGCCCACCAUCGGUUCUCUCUCGAGCGAACACGAUGCAUCGUUUUGUUGACACAUUGCCCACCAUGGAUUCUGCUGGUCUGGAUGCUGGCUCAAAGACAUCGACAAGCUUGGCACGCACCCGCUCCGGCCUUGGCGCAGUCACAACUUCCUCAGGCUCGGCACCCGCUCCGCCGCCACACACCUCGCCAGCAGUCACAGCAGCAACCGCUGCCCGCUCAUUCUACAGCCAGCAAGGCCUGCCUACAUCGGCAACAGCACCCGCCCUCUAUCCGGUCAACGCAUCGUCCUUGCUCUCGUCAUCCGCGUUCCCAACCCCGGCAACCACCGUCAUCACCACCACUCGCCCAAGAUUCGCCCACGAGGAAGGAGACGCCUCUGCACUCCACGGGACCGCAUCGUCGAGCUCGCCCAGCUAUGCCGGCGCCACAGCGACAGGACCCGUCCCACUCUCAGCGACCACCGCUGCAACCACCACAAGCACCUCAGCCACGGCCACCACGACAAUGGACAGCAGCGGCGCAAGCCAGAUGUUCACCAUGCCCUGGAAGACCACUGCGCUGGCAGCCGCCGCUGAGAGCUUCUACCGCUCGGCGCUCAACUCCAAGAUCAACCACGUGCUGACCGGCGUGCGCGGCCCGCUCUUCCCCAACAUGCAGGUGCAGCUGCCCACCCGCGUCGUCUACAUCACGGGCUUCAAGUUUGUGCGCAUCAUGGCCGACAGCCACUUCAACGCGGCAAACUACCCGGGCAUGGAGCACGUGGUGCGCCCGCUCGCCGCCGUCACCCCUGGCGUGGUCAUGACCCCAAUCAGCAGCGUCCUGGAGGCGUGCAACGCCAACCUCAGCAACGAGCCCCUGUACAAGCGCUGGCGCCGCGGCUUCAACGCCCGCUGCGGCCGCGAGGUCAUCUUUGGCAUUGGCCUCAACCAACUCUCGGAGCACUUUGAGCACCGCAUGCCGCACGACCUCAGCCCGGCCGUACGCAACGCAGCCGGUUGCGUGACCGCGGGCGUCAUUGCAGGCUACCUCUCCCACGUGCCCCACAACCUCUCCACCAUGAAGCUCAUGAACCCGAAACAGUCGUACAUGGCCCUGCUCAAGCAAUUCUCCCGCCAGUGGUACAGCCGCCUCGACUUUCUUGGCCAAGGGCGGGCGCGGGAGACUGGUGCCGUCGUCAUGUCGCUCGUCCUCCCGCAGGGGCUUGUCGUGCGCACCGCACAGGUCGUCGGCUCCUUCAUCAUCCUCAACGGCAUGAUCCACGCCUUCCGCGCCCGUCUCGGCGAGGCGUGACGCGUGCGUGCGUGCGUGCGUGCGAACUCUACAAUCUGUGCAACCAGCUCCCUGCCCCCUCCCCCCUUACGCGACCGUGCAUGUCCCACCGACACGCGCUGGUGUAACCAAGACAACGACGACUCUCUGAAACGAUGAUGGUGAUGAUGAUGAUGGCCGCCACCGCGCCAGUUUUGCUUUUGCGCGCAGUUGGUGCCCUUCUUGUUGACCAUGACCAUGACCAUGAUGAAGAUGACUGAUUAUUAUUGUGGGUGCCUUGUGGUGGGCUGACACCUUCUUUUGUGUUCUCUCGUCAGUGUGUUGUCCACAUGGGCGGGUUGUCUGUGCCCACCUGCAUUGUCUUGUUGCUCUGUCCCCCUCACUAUCACCUGCUACACUCGGGGCAUUGUUGAGUACGCACGCUGCGUGCAGCGCUGGCCUCUGCUCAUGGUUUGUAUCCCAUCAUUUCCCCGUCUCCUCUUCGAUAUCUUCGCGCUAAGCAGCACCGUUCUAGGGACGUGCUUGAUGUCCCGAGCACGCCUAUGUGCACCCCCUCCACUGUGUGGUUGCGAGUGCUUUGUUGUUUGGUGCCUUUGACGAUGACCACUCGCUCUUCUUAUUGACGUCAAUGGCCCUCCUUAUUUGAAACCUGUGUCCCCCUGCCCCCCCCCCUCCGUCCCUCUUUCUAUCUGCCCGCCCUCCAUUGUGUGCGCGGCUCCUUCUUAUCGUCUUGCCGGCACUGCUGCGUGGUGCCCCAUCUAUCCCCCCCCCCUCAAUCUUGCUUGCACAUGUUUGGAUUGAACUAGGCAGAUAACGAUACGAACCCAGCAGACACGAGCGAGGCUGUUACUGUUGCUCCGCUCUUGUCGUUCUGUUUGCGCUUGGGUGUGGCAGAUGUUGCGUGAGCGUGGGCGGUGCAUGCAGGUGGCGCUGUUGUGUACAUGAGGGGAUGGACGUGUUUGGGUUCAGAGCAGUGUUUUUUUUAGUCAUCAUCAUUCAUCAUCACACCAGUCAUGUGUCAUUCGUGGUGUGUGUUCUCUCCAGUGCUUACCACACCACCACAAGUGUCAUUUCAUCAUUCCCUGUUAUGUCAUCUUAGUUUCAGGCGUUGUAUAAACAGUUGCAUGUG